AUCGCCUACCUAUUCUUCUUUCUACAAAUUAUAUCGUAUCGCAUGCUCAGCUCAAAUACCGAGAGGGUCAACUCGUAACGCUCCCCCUCUCUCUGCGUUCUGCAGUCAUGGCAGAAAACGCUCUAUUCCCAAUGCAAUCAACGCACCAAGUCGCUCAGAAGACCUCUGGUGGGAAUAACGCUUACCACAACUUCCACAAUGACUUCCUUCACAUUCAGGACCCUAAUGAGCGUCGUCGUCUCGCGCUCGCCGAGAUUGAUAAGGCUCCCUUCGGAUGGUACCAUGUCAGGGCUUGUGUUGUCGCCGGCAUCGGGUUCUUUACCGAUUCAUACGAUAUUUUCGCCGUCAGCUUAUUGAACAUCAUGUUAGGAAUUGUCUACCACCCAAGCACCGGAUCCCUCCCCACCUCCUCCGAUAGCGCUAUCAAGUUAUCGACGUCCGCUGGAACCGUCGUCGGCCAGUUAGUGUUCGGCUUCCUUGCCGACCGGGUCGGUCGAAAGCGGAUGUACGGUCUCGAGUUGAUCAUAAUCAUCUUUGCCACCCUCGGCCAGGCCCUCAGCUCCGGCUCGCCCUCGGUCGACAUCAUCGGCAUCAUCAUCUUCUGGCGUGUGCUUUUAGGAGUGGGUAUUGGUGGAGACUACCCGCUAUCCAGCAUCAUCACUUCCGAGUUUGCGACCACUAAAUGGCGAGGAGCUAUGAUGGGAGCCGUCUUUUCCAUGCAGGGCAUUGGCCAGUUGGUCUGCGCAUUCGUCAUGCUGUUUGUCACCCUUGGCUUUAGAGAGGCUCUCUCCGCCUCGCCGGGUAUCGAUAAUUGCGAGGGCUACUGUGCUGUCGCCGUCGACAAGAUGUGGAGAACCCUGAUUGGUUUCGGUGCGGUCCCGGCUUGUAUCGCACUCUACUACCGACUGACGAUUCCCGAGACUCCUCGCUACACUUUCGAUGUUGGCCGCGACAUCGAGAAGGCCUCUGACGACGUCAAGGCAUACAUGUCGGGCCGGCGCGAGGGUCAUCCGGACGACAUCGCCCGCAUCCAGGCCCGCGAGGCUGCCGAGACUCAGAUGACGGUCCCUAGGGCUAGCUGGAGCGACUUCUGCCGCCACUAUGCUAUUCCCAAGAACGGCCUGCUUCUGUUUGGCACGGCCGGCUCCUGGUUUCUUCUAGAUGUCGCUUUCUACGGUGUCACCUUAAACAACGCAACAAUUCUUGGCAUUAUCGGCUACUCCACGACCGGCGCACAGUCUACCUACGAGGUUUUGUACAAGACGGCCAUUGGCAACUUGAUCAUCGUCCUCGCCGGGGCCGUUCCGGGUUACUGGGUGUCGGUCGCCACGCUUGACAUCCUCGGAAGGAAGACGAUACAGAUGGGCGGCUUCCUCAUCCUGACGAUCCUGUUCGUGGUAAUGGGCUUCGCGUAUAACCACCUGUCGUCGAAUGGCCUACUAGCAAUCUACGUGCUCGCCCAGUUCUUCUUCAACUUCGGGCCGAACAUGACGACCUUCAUCGUGCCGGGCGAGGUGUUCCCGACGCGGUACCGUUCGACUUCUCACGGCAUUUCGGCGGCGUCGGGCAAGAUCGGGUCGAUUAUCGGCCAGGGUGCCAUCGCAACCCUGCGGACUCGAGGGGCUACCAAGGAGCACCCGAACCCCUGGAUGGACCACGUGCUCGAGAUCUACGCCCUCUUCAUGCUUCUCGGCGUAUUCACCACCCUCUUCAUCCCCGAGACUAAGCGAAAGACGCUCGAGGAACUCUCGGGCGAGGACCAACCGGUACCCUCAUCGGCGGCUACCGCCGUCACCGCCGAGGGACCGAGGGCGAAGACUAGCGACUCGCUAUAGUCUAGUUGGACUCAACGCUAUACGAUCUGAUUUUGGAUUUUGGACUCACAGAGGGAGGCUCAGCGUUAUUUCCCGGCAUAGACGAAUGAACCCGAGUAGGUAUUUAUUUAAAACCGCGUUCGAAAAGCGUCAUGCACACCGUUUCAUGGUUUUUCUUUUUGUUUUGGUAGACGAAGGAGGUCAAGCCGACCGAUGCGGAGUCGGUAGGAGGAGGAGUGGCAAGGAGACGUCGGGCUCGGUUACGCGGGUAUACGACCACACUAAUGACACCCACACAUGCGGCGAUG